AGCUCAUCUGCUGAAGCUCCACACAGGAGCAAAAUGGCCGCCAGUAAACUAACCGAUCACACAGCGUCUGACAGUCAUCAGCGGGUUCGGUGUGUUUUGUUUACAGCUUGAGGACUACACUUGCUCUCUAAGGAUAAUCGCAUUUCCUCCGGUUUUUUCUACGAUCAACAUUUCGGUUUUCGGUGAUGUCAUUUCUUACUCUACUCAGCCUUGAUCGCCUCGAAGAACUAGCUUGCUAGGCUAGCUGCUUUGCUAGCCUGCUAGCGGUAGGUCUGCGAGAAAUUGUGCACAGAAGCACUUUAUGUCCCGUGUGAUUCCCGAGACAGGAGAAUCAGGAAAGGGAACAGUGGUUCAUGGAAGACAAGAAAAAGAAGAAAGAAGAUAAAAAGAAAAGGGAAACCUCUCAGAAGGUGCCAGAACAGAAAAUCAAAGUGCCAGAAUCAGCCAAGCCCUCCACCUCCCAGCCACUCACCACCCAAGGCUCAGUGUCCCCCAGCCCUGGCCCUCUCGCCCCCCCGUCCCCCAGUCCUGCUGCAGCCGGGGUUUCUGCACAGGUUCCUCCUGGUGGUGGGAACAAUGCAAAGCAGCGGACUGCUGUGGCCAACGGACAGCCCUCCUCCUCCCCUGCAGGAAGCCAGACAUCCCAACAGCAGCGAUACAUGUCGAGAGAGGUUCCACCGAGGUUUCGCUGCCAGCAGGACCAUAAAGUGCUACUGAAGCGGGGCCAGCCGCUGCUGUCCUCCAUGCUGCUGGGGGGAGGAGGGGGGGAAGGGGGGACAGGAAGUGGCUGGGCAGAUAACCCCAAUGCAAACACAGCUGGAGGCACAGAUUCCAACCUGGGCUCAUCAUCUACUUCACCCCUGAACUCCUCCUCAUCCUCAUCAUGUGUCGCUGCUCCGUCUUCUUCUUCUACUACUACUACUUCAACUUAUGCAAAUUCCACAUGGGGGUCGGGCUCUGGCAGCCUGUCCUCCUCUCAGGGCUGCGGGAAGGUGAUGGUGGAUGGGUCUGACCUGGGGGACUGGCCCAGCAUCCUUGGCGGGGCCAAAGUAGGCGGUGACGGGUCUGGAGGAGGCGUGCAGGAUCAAGACGGCCCUGGUAACAACAACAGUAGUGCCUCAUGGGGUGAGAAAACCAUCCAGCAGAAGGGAGGAACAGGAGGAGGAGGAGGGAACACGGACAAUCCUUCCUCCCCUCGUUCUUCUCCUCUCUCCUCCUCGCUUAAUGAAUGUGUCCAGUCGAGCGGCGGCGGUGUGUGGGGCUCCUCCUCCUCCUUUCAGGUGGAGGCCGGCCUUGGAUCUGCAGCAUUUUACAAUUCCAAAGUCUCCCAUCUUCUUCCCGGGCCUCAGGAGAGCCCCGUGGGUGGCAGCAGUGUCUCUGGUGCCAACUUCAACCCCAACGUGAACCCGUCUGCCUGGCCCGCCCUGGUGCAGGCUGGGACAUCGACGACGGUGAACGACAGCCUUCCUCAGCACCCAUCCAUUACUUCAGUUUCCUCUGCCAGCUCCCCCCUCAUCACCACUCUCUCAUCUGUGAAUCAAUCUGGAGUCCCUCAGCAGCACACUGAGACAGCUGGGGGAGCCAGGGGGGGCGACCCACAGCAGCACUUAGGAAACCCGGGCCGCGAGCCGGGUUCAGGCGGAGCGGGACCAAAUCAGGAGGGGGGCGAUGAAAGGGACUUUGGGGGUACGAGAGUGGAAGGAGGAGGGAUUACUAAUCUUUCCAGCUCCUCGUCUUCCUCAUCUGCUGCAUCUUCUUCUUGGAGAUCCAUGCCUCCAGUGCCCGCUGACCUCAGUGCAGGGGGGUCACAGGCAGACGGAUGGGGGGGUGGAGGAGGGGGUGGUGGAGCUCAGGGGCAGGAAGGGAACGUGUGGGGCUUUGGGGGUCUGGGGGGAAAGGCGGGGUGGGCCAGAGGGAGUGAUGGUGGCUCAAAUACCACAGUGGUAACUCAGGGAGCGUUGGAAGGAGGCGGAUCAGAAUCGGAGUGGGGGGGCACAGAGGGGGGUGAGUCGAGUAACUCAGCAAUAGAAGGUGGAGGAGGGGGGGGGAGCAGCAGCAGCAGCUGUGGAGGUAACGGUGUGUCACAGGAAUCUGCCUCACCAAAGUUUGCUACCAAGACAAAAGCUUGGGACAAUCAGAAAGGGAUGGAGAGUGGGGAGGGGGCGGUUGGGGAGUGGGGGGGGCAGGGUGGGGGUACGGGAGGUGGACAACCUUCAACCUCGAGCGGAGGGGGGUCCAUAGCCGGCAGCGGCGGGGAUGAUAGUGAUGGUGGACAAAAGCAGGAGCAGGCCAAGGCUGCUCCCAUCAACCCCCCCCAGACGUCCAAUGCUGAAGUGGCCUUACUGAGCAUGCUCAGUAGAUCUGACCUGGACCCCCGGGUCUUAUCCAAUAAGGGCUGGGGGCAGACCCAGGUCAGACAGAAUGUGGCCUGGGACCUGGACUCUUCAAGAGGAAAAAGAAAUGAAAGAAGCCCGUCCUCUUUCUCCUCCGCCUCCAUGAACAGUACCAACAGUUCUGCACCUGGGUUCUCGUCCAAUCACAGCUCAAGCACUAAUGAUGGCGGUCAGAGCUCCGGUCCCGGUUCAGGGAGGGACGGAUGGGACGGCAGCGCCUCCACCUGCGCUCCUCACAGCACUGUGAGGAAACCAGGAACACCUGAAGAAGAGAUGGAGUCCAGUCAGAGCCCGGCAGCUGGAGGGUGGGGGGAACGCCCGACUAGUCACCAGGGCAAAGGAUGGGGGGGCGAGGAACAACAGUGGGGGGGGCGCAGAGGGAGAGGGGGGGGCUGGAGAGACUUUGGAGAACAGGGUAGUGGCUGGGCUGAUGGUCCAGAGGAUAAAGGGACAGGGGGUAGGAAGGGGACAGGGAGAGGGGAGGGAGGGGGAUGGGGGGGGGACUGGGGUCAGAGGGACUCUGGACCUGGAGGGGGGUGUGGCGAUGGGCGGAGCAGAGGUGGAAGCCACAAGGAAGAGGGAUCUUCCUGGGGUAAUGUGGAUGAAGGUGGAUCUCAGCGAGGAGGGUGGGGAGGGGGGGAUGCAGUUGGAGGUAAACCCCACCAGGACUGGGACAGUGCCAAGCCCCCCCCAUCAGCAGCUGCACACAUACCAAACAGUCACACAAAAACUCCAAACACACAGCAGCACCAAUCACAGGGCCAGCAGCAACAGGGGGGGUGGAGCAGCCGCUCCAACGCUGCAGGUGGAGGUCCACCAUCUAAGAAUCAGAACCAAAGUUCAGGCUGGACCUCAGGCCCCAUACCCCAAAUCCCCGGGGGAGGGGCUGACUCCCUGGAGUCCAGCGGCUGGGAGGAACCGUCCCCUCAGUCCAUCAGCAGGAAGAUGGAGAUCGAUGACGGCACAUCGGCCUGGGGAGACCCGACCCGCUACAACACCAAGAAUGUCAAUCUGUGGGACAAAAGCAGCGCCGCACCCGACCAAAGCCACUGUCAGCAAGCGCCACCUGCACCCCCCAUGCAGCAACAACCACCACCCAGGAGGCAGCACGGAAUGCAGCAUGGACGGGAAACCAACCCCCCCCCUGCUGCUGUUGCUGCAGGUAUGUGGGGAGCAGGUGCUCAGUCGGUGGAUAAUGGAACAGCUGCUUGGGGCCAGACGGCAGAUUCAGCAACAAGUUGGGGGGAUCAUGAUGAACCUGGCAAAGCUUCUGGCUGGGUGAACCCUGCGCCUAACAUCACUAAACCUGGCAACAAGUCCAUGGAGAGCUGGGGAGGGAAGGGGGAGGGGUCAGUCGCAGCGACCCGGCACCCCAGCUGGGACGAGGAGGAUGAUGGCGUUGGAGGAGUGUGGACCAACGCGGGCUCCCAGGGGAGCGGCUCCUCCUUCAACUCGGGAGGCUGGGGUCAGAGUCACAUGGGUAAAAGAGGAAACAUCAAGGGCGGCGGUGGAGACAGCUGGAUGAACCCGGUGGCUCGCCAGUUUUCAAAUAUGGGUCUGCUGGGUGAUGACCCCGGUGGAGACAAAAAGAUGGACGGAGACAAGCGAGGAAUGAAUGAAUACAACGGAGAGAUGCGGAGAGGAGGAAGAGGUGGAGGAGGGUAUCGCAUGCCUGGUUCCAAAGACAUGGGUCCUGUAGACACGGGCCCCUAUGGGGACAAGAUGAGCGGCCAUGGCGUGUUCGUUGGCAGCGGGGCGAUGCCUCAGGCUCGAGGGAUGCACCAGUCGGGCGUGCAUCCCAUAAACCAGUCCCAGGGGAUUCGUGCUCAAGUGCCUCAUCAGUUCCUGUCUGCUCAGGUGCCGGGGCUGAAGCAGAUGCCCUCUCCUGGUGGCACUGUGGGAGGGGUGGGCGUUGGUGGAGGCGUUGGUGGAGGCGUUGGAGGUGUCGGUGGAGGCGUAUUCCCUCCUCAGAUUUCCCCACAGCAGCUAGCGAUGCUCAGCAACAUUUACCCCCAGAUGCAGCAGUUCCAUCUGGCCUGUCAGCUCUUGCUCCAGCAGCAGCAGCAGCAGCUUCUUCAGAAUCAGAGGAAGUUCCCUCAGCCUCAGCCUCUGAGGCAGCAGCCCGACCCGCAGCAGCUGGCGAGGAUUAUGGCGAUCCUGCAGCAGCAGAGGCAGCAUCAGCAGGGCGGCGGCGUCGGAACAUCAGGAGGAGGCUCUAAACUGUCCCCCUCUCACCUGGGAGGAGGCCUCUCCAAACAACCAAUGGGAGACCCCCACCAGCAUCCUGGGAUGGCGGGACCCUUAUCAGACCUUCAUGCCAAAACAGCGGGGAUGUACUCGGGACUCGCUCCUGGAGGGAACCUGUCCGGUCUGGAGCUCGGCCCAAUGAUGGGAGUGAUGAAGGACACGGGGGGACAGCAGUCUCGAUUUAAAUGGAUGAUGGAGGGUCACUCCCCCGCCCCGUCUCCCCCCGACCCGGCCCUUCAUAAGAACGGACCCUUACCCAGUGCUUUAAAGGUGAGGGGAGGAUCCCCUUACUCCCAGUAUGACAUGCUGGGGGCUGAUGGUUUGGGGAUCCCCCCUCAGGGCUCUGCAGACAGCUGGCACCGGACCCCCGGGAGUAAGAUGGGGAACAAACCCACCACGUCCAGCUGGCCACCAGAGUUUCAGCCUGGUGUUCCCUGGAAGGGGAUCCAGAGCAGUGGAGACCCAGAGUCCGACCCCUACAUGACUCCUGGGGGUGUUCAUGGUUCCCCUGGACCCCCGAACCUCAACGACUCUGACCACCAGUUACUGCGAGACAACAUAGGGCCGAACCCCUCCCUCAACACCUCGCUGCCUUCACCUGGUGCCUGGCCCUACAGUGCCUCGGACAGCCCGCUCAGCAAUGCACACAGCACAGGAAAGUACUCAGAGUACAAACCCAGCUGGCCCCCAGAGCCCAUCGGACAAAACAAGAUGUGGAAGACCAAUCGCAACAGCUCUCAGCUGCCACGCCCCCCUCCUGGCUUAACCAAUCAGAAGCAAGCCUCGCCCUCCCCGUGGGGAAGCGGAGGCCCACGUUCGGCCCGGAGCUGGGGAGGGGGCGGGAUGAAUCAGGAGUCAAGAUUUGGGCCAGGCUCGGCGUGGAGCGACGGCGUGGCCUCCAGGAGCAGCUGUUGGCUGCUGCUGAGCAACCUGACGCCUCAGAUCGAUGGCUCCACGCUGAGGACGAUCUGCAUGCAGCACGGCCCCCUGCUCACCUUCCACCUCGGCCUCACCCAGGGCAGCGCUCUGAUUCGCUACAGCAGCCGGCAGGAGGCGGCCAAGGCCCAGGGCGCUCUCCACAUGUGCGUUCUGGGUAACACCACGAUCCUGGCCGAGUUCGUGGGUGAGGAUGAAGUCGCUCGCUAUUUUGCACAUUCCCAGGCCGGAGGAGCGGAGGGGGCGGGGUCAGGAUCUGCAGCAGCCAGCGGGACACAGGGUUCAUCUGGAACGGGCACGGCUGUGGCCAGCAGUGGAGGCUCCUCCCCGGGGAGCGAGCGGGCAGCGGUGGCGGGGGCAGCUUCAAGUGGAAACGGCAGCGGGGGAGUGGAAGGUGGAUCAGGCGGUCUGGGCGGGGUCAGGUCCUCCGGCUCGGCCUGGCAGGGUCACGAUGGUACAGGAAGUUCAUCAGAAACCUCCUCGGCCCAGCAGGGACAGGGGCUGGGGAUCUUCUCCCAGUGGGGCGCCAACGGGGCAGGCGAGGGAGGGGGAGUGGAGGGAGCAGAGUCCGGGAGGUCUGGACUCUGGGGGGGCAUGACUACAGGAUAUCCCAGCAGCAGCCUGUGGGGGGCGCCACAGAUGGAGGAGAGGCACCAAAUGGACAGCCCUGCAGGACUGCUGCCCGGCGACCUGCUGGGGGGCGGAGCCGACUCUAUCUGACGGGCGCUUUUCUUUUUUUAUGUGUUGGUUUGGACACUGAUACAGCAUACACUGGGAAACAUGUGUACUUACUAUAGCACACACACACACACACACACACACACACACACACACACACACACUGACAUGGUAUGCAUAGUAAUGUAAUACAUCCACACACACUUUGUUUUAUGCAUAUUAAUGUGCACACAGGUAAAGCAGAAAUGUGAGACACAUUCUCGUGGCCAGACUUAAGCUAUUCUCUAAACUAAUGCAGGGACUGUUAGUGUGUGUGUGCGUGCGUGCGUGCGUGCGUGCGUGCGUGCGUGUGUGCGUGUGUGUGUGUGUGUGUGUGGUGUGCGCGGCCUUUUCCACAGAAGAAGAGUUCAAACUGUUUAGACUUGAAACCAGAAUGAAAACGUCAGACUCGACUGGAUGUCAGUGUGAACAGAUUUACACAUAAACAUGCACACACCAAAUACAGACGGGCACUGUAAACGGCGUCGCCUUCAUCGUACACGAGGACUUGUGAGGCGCCGCGAUGUGAGGUUCAAGUGCAGUUUAGUUUUCACGUCCCCUUAAAGACGGAGACCCCCGAUCCAAACACAUGCAAACAGCUCUGAGUGACAGCAGAGUCUUACUGUGUUUAAACAUGUUGUCAUUGCUCUGACCUCCUACUGUUGUAUCUCAUGCACUCGUGCUCUCUCUCUCUCUCUCUCUCUCUCUCUCUCUCUGUCUCUCUCUCUCUCUCUCUCUCUCUCUCUGUCUCUCU